CUCAAAAUGGUCUGUUGGGAGUUUGCUCUCGUCUUGAGCAGCGCCGCUGGUGCAAUCGCCGCCGCCGCCCAUGCAUCUUCAUACAUUCAAUAUUCAACCGUGACGGGUUAUUUCCUGCAAGACGACAACUCUACCAAUGCCACGACGUUUGACUAUACUGCAGCCAAUUUCGGUCUCAUCAACCAGACAUACUCAAGUGACCGGGCGAAUGCGGCGUCUCUGACUCAAUGGCAAAAGUUUGCCAUUUUGGUCUCGUCUUUAAACGCAAAGUCCCCCAAGAACGUCGACUACAAAGUUCUCUUCAUGGGUCGACAUGGCGAAGGCUGGCACAACGCAGCCGAAUCCUAUUACGGCACACCAGCAUGGAACUGCUACUGGUCUCUCCUGAAUGGCAAUGCGACAGCGACAUGGUCCGACGCGCAUCUGACGGACAACGGCAUAGCUCAGGCUCUCAAGGCCAAUGCGUUCUGGUUGUCUCGCAUCCAGACCCAGAAAAUCCCCACGCCGGAGAACUACUACGUCUCGCCGCUCUCACGGUGCCUGGCCACGGCAAAUCUCACAUUCUCUGGCCUUCCGUUGCCCGCGAAGCACGCAUUCCUCCCGACCAUCAAGGAGAAACUCAGAGAGGGCAUCUCCGAGCACACGUGCGACCACCGUAGCAACAAGACGUAUAUCCACGAUAUGUUUCCGUCGUGGAAGUUCGAGGCUGGAUUCUCAGAAUACGACGAGCUCUGGACUGGCGUGACUGCCGAGACGGAUUCAGCACAGGAUUUGCGCUCGAAGCAAGUUCUCGACGAUAUUUUCUCGAGCGACUGUUCCACCUGGCUGAGUUUCACGUCGCACUCGGGCGAGAUCGCAUCGAUUUUGAGGGUGUUGGGACACCGGCCCUUCUCACUGAACACGGGCGCCGUGAUCGCCGUGCUGGUAAAGGCGGAGACAAUCAGUCCGUCACAGGCGACGAGUACGAUUUCCGCGGCACCGUGGACAGCUAGUCCACACUGUACGGCGCCACCAGUGACGAGUAUUAGUUCCGGAGCGAAUGGAGGGUGUGUUUGUCCCAACAGUGCGGCGCCGGUGACGACGACAUUGGUGGCCGUCGACUAGUUCAUGCCAUAAAUGAGUCGAGAAGAAUUCGUAUGCCGUGCUGGUAGAAUUCGAACAGAGGGUGAGCUCCUUGUUAGAUAGGGAGCCACGGUCAGUAAUAUAGCGAACGGUAUCCCUAGCAUUCGAUGGCCAAAGCUGCGAGGCCCA